AUGUCUCUGAGAUCACUGCGUAUUGGAGAUGGUGAUGACAGAUAUGACCAAGGGGCAGCUUCUCAGUCAGCUUACUAUACUCGUCAGAUGUCUUCUGUUAGCGCAGCACCCACAAUGCAGAGAUCCCUCUCAGGAACCUUUGGUCAGGAUGGUGGUGGCGGCUCAUGGGUUGAACGAGCAGAGGUAGCACAGACGCGAACAAUCCGUGCACCUGCCAUGCGCACCUUACAACGUUUCCAAAGCAACAACCGCAACCCUGGAGCAGGCUCUGGGUAUUCUACAGCUAUGAUUGACCAAACCUCUCGAGCCCCGUCUGUGCGAAGCCUGGCAGAGUCUACACAGCAAGUUCAAGACAUAAGAGGCAUGGAUGUUUUUGAUGGAAACAAAAGUCUGAUGAGUCAGCAUUCAUUCACUAGUGGGUUUGACGACAUAGAUAUGCCAGCAGCUGUGAAAUAUUUAAUGGCAUCUGAUGCCAAUCUCCAGGUGCUAGGAGCAGCCUAUAUACAGCACCGCUGUUAUAGUGAUUCAGAAGCUAAGAAACAAGCUCGAAGUUUGCAGGCCAUUCCGAAGCUGGUGAAAUUAUUCAAUCACUCCAGCCAAGAGGUGCAGCGCCAUGCCACAGGAGCAAUGCGCAAUCUGAUCUACGACAGCCCUGAGAACAAGAUGGCACUGGUGGAGGAAAAUGGCAUUUUUGAGCUUCUAGUGUCACUUAAAGAACAAGAUGAUGAACUUCGAAAGAAUGUAACAGGAAUUUUAUGGAACUUGUCUUCCAGUGAUAACCUAAAAUCAAGAUUGGCACGUGAUACUCUAGGUCCACUAACCGAGAGAGUGCUGGUUCCACUGUCUGGAUCUUCAGGAUCUGCACUCAUCCAGCAGAAUGCAUCAGAGGCUGAGAUAUUUUACAAUGCCACCGGAUUUCUCAGGAACCUGAGUUCUGCCAGUGAGGAGACCCGUCAAAAGAUGCGAGAAUGUCCUGGGCUGGUGGAUGCCCUGGUUGGAUACACAAACCAAGCUCUGCAAGCUGGCAAAUCUGAGGACAAGAGCGUUGAAAAUGCAGUAUGUGUGCUAAGAAACCUGUCCUACCGGCUGUAUGAUGAGUUGCCACCAUCUUCUCUGCAAAGACUGGAAGGAACCCAGCGGGGACGCACUGCGGCAGGAGAUGCUGUGGGUUGUUUCACCCCCCAAAGCCGCAAAUUGAAAGAGCAGCAGCAGGGCACAGACCUUGCCACCUUUGCAGAGAUCUCAAAGGAUCCGAAGGGGAUGGAAUGGUUGUGGCAUCCACAGAUUGUCCAUUUAUACAACCGACUACUGCAGCAAUGUGAACUGAACAGACACACAACAGAGGCAGCAGCAGGAGCGCUACAGAAUAUCACAGCUGGAGAUCGCAGGUGGGCGGCUGUCAUGAGUCAAGUGGCAUUGGAGCAAGAACGAAUUCUGAACCCCGUCCUGGACCGUUUGAGGACAGCAGAUCACAGCCAGUUGCGCUCCCUAACAGGGCUCAUCCGCAAUCUGUCAAGACAUGCCAGGAAUAAGGAUGAGAUGUCCACCAAGCUAGUCAGCCAUCUUCUUGAGAAGCUUCCUGGGGACAGCAAUGAUAAAAGUCCUCCUGCUGAAGUCAUUGUGAACAUUAUCGCUGUGCUCAAUAACCUGACUGUGGCUGGACCUCUCGCAGCACGAGAUAUAGUAUAUUUCAACGGGCUCAGCAAAUUGAUGUACAUCAAGAGGAACAGAGAUGGUCCAGACAGUGAGAAGGCCUCCCGGGCAGCCUCCAGCCUCCUUACCAACAUGUGGCAAUACAGCAAGUUGCAUCGUGACUACAAAUCAGUAAGUAGAUUUCCUACAUCACUUUCACACAUGCCUUUUUCCUUCCCAUAUAAUCUACUCUGA